AUGGGCCCCUGUACCGCCUCCUCAUGCUGCUGCCAGGCCCGUAAUCUGCCAUGGGCCCCCGUACCAACUCCUCAUGCUGCUGCCAGGCCCGUAAUCUGUCAUGGGCCCCUGUACCACCACCUCCUCAUGCUGCUGCCAGGUCCAGAGUGUGUCAUGGGUCCCUGUACGGCCUCCCAUUGCUGCUGUCUCCAUCGCCACACUCUGCCAUGUGCCACUUUCAGGUCUCCUCACACUGCUGGUGGGUUCCAUUUUUGUCAUAGGGUGCUGUAUGGCCUCCCAUUGCUGCUGCCUCCACCGCCACACUGUGGCUCCACACUCUGGUUUUGGCCCCGUGACUGCCCAAAUGAGUGAAGUGUGCGGUGAUUCUAAGAUCGACGGCACUCAUCUGCAUGUCAUACUGACUGACAGUAUUAUUUCUCUUCCCCAGCAGACUCCAAGGGCAUUUAAAUUAAAGGUACAGUGUUCUGCACUAAUAUAA